AUGGCGUCUCUUCAACCAGAAGCUCUUCAACCAGAAGCUCUUCAACCAGAAGCUCUUCAACCAGAAGCUCUUCAACCAGAAGCUCUUCAGCCACGGUUCCAACCCGGGAAAGUGUCUGACUAUCUCUUGCAGUUUAUGGACAGCAACGCUCAUUCAGAUAGGCUGAUUGUGAGCAUCGACUUCGGCACCACGAACUCAUGCGUGUCGUAUGCUGCAAUCCCCAAAGACAACCAACGUCAAGUUCUCGGGCGAGACGCUAUCACUCCCAUAAGCAACUAUCCAGACGACCUCAACUCGCCAGAUGACACCAGCCAGAUGAAGAACCAGGUGCCAAGCGAGCUUCUUUACCCUAAUAAUCGAGACUUUCGUCAAAAACUAGGACUGAAGCUCAAUGAUGAAACACAAGCAUCUUGUUCCAACCCAGCGAACGACAGUGUUCGCGGGCAUCCUGCAUCUACUCAGUCCGAAUCAGGCAGUGACUCUGACAUCGACAUGUUCGAAAUCGCCAACGCAUCGUUUCACUGGGGCUGCGGAGUUCAACAGGCGCGGACUGAUCCUGUCGUGAUCGGCAACCUGUCGAACAAGGCUAUCAGCUUGUUCAAGUUAAUGCUAGACAAGUCGCCGACCACCAAGCUCAUCCGAGACAACCUACAACCGACUCUCCGGUCACUCCGGCGAAGAGAGAUUGUAGAUCCGCCACAUUUCGCGAUUGCCGACUAUCUAGCCUGCAUGUUGCGCCAUGUGAAGAGCGAGCUGCAGGCGAAGGGAACAUACGACAACUACGAGGUCGAGCUGGUGUUGUGUGUGCCGGCAAUCUGGAGCCAGAAGGCCUGCCGGGACAUGCAAGCUGCGCUGACGGCCGCUAUGCGAAUGGCCGACUUCAAGGGCCUUGAUACGAAGAACGACUGUAUCGAGAACCUGUUCAUUGUCUCCGAGCCGGAGGCCGCUGCGGCUUUCGUUUUGGAUGCCCAUAGGAGCGUCAAUCCUGGAGACACUAUCUUGCUGCUUGACGCCGGGGGCGGCACGGUAGACGCAAACACCUAUAGGGUUAGUCAGACAACUCCCCUGAGGCUGACAGAGGAGGUUGUCCCGCCUGGAGGUGAUCUCUGUGGGUCAAGUUUCCUCAAUCAAGCGUUCCGAAAGGAGCUUCGCCGCAGGCUUGAUGGCGAGAAGUAUCUCGAAUUCGGGGAAGUUACUUUGGACACAAUUGUGGACCACAUCGUCCUCAAUGAGUUCGAGUACAAGACGAAACGCAAAUUCGACAUGUACGACAAGCACAAGAAGUAUGAAAGAUAUGAAAUCGGUGGUCUACGGAAGAACAAGGAGAAAGACUUCAUGGACAAUUCGCUCUAUGUUAGAUCCAAGGACUUGAAGAACGGUAUCUUCAUGGGCCUCCUCCAACGGAUCGCGUCGAUCAUGGAGGACCAGAUCAAGCAAGCCAGACAGAAAGAAGUGCCGGUCGACAAAGUCAUUCUCAUCGGAGGGUUUGCUGCCUCUCCGUCUCUUCGCCGGUACCUCGAAGAGCGCCUAGCAGGUAUAUCCCGUGAAUAUGGACACGGUAUAGAGAUGAUUGUUGGAGAUCAUGAUGUCACUGCGGUUGCAUCGGGGGCCGUACUACGAGCCAUGAACAAGGAAAGGGGACCUCAAAGGUUUGCGAGAGCCAGCUACGGAAUCCUUCGCAGAGAGUCUCAUGGGGACUGGCCAUCACACAUUCAUGCGGCGAAAACGAGAGACAAGGUAGAUGGCUUCCACUACGUCAAUACCAUUGACUGGGUUCUUCCACGGGGAACGGAGUUGGAAUCAGUGUGGCAAUGCGAGCCGUUCGCCUGCAUCCAUACUUUUCCACAGGACGCUGAGACACUGGGCUGCGAAGAAGUGCUUUACGUCUCGGACACCGCCACACUGUCGCACUGGCCCGUCAAUAAGGGUCGCAACAAGGGAGCUGAGAAGGUUGGAGAGAUACGAGUGGACUUCACAUUCUUGAAGGAUAGGGGUUUAAUUCGUCUUGAACGUUCGACCACCGAGGAGGGCGUAGUUGUAGGCGAGUGGCAUUACAAGGUUCAUUACACGAUGGUCAUCAAGUUGGUGGACAGAGAUUUGCAAUGCUUCGCGAUUUACGACGGUCGGGUGGUGAAGAAGUGCCGCAUCAACAUCGCCUCGGGUUUCCUCCCAGGUGUGAAAUGA